GUUUACAUGGCAAAGAGCGUUAAGAGACAUAACCCAACCAUGUGACUCAGCCACGAUAUCUCCAACUUCUAUUAUUAUUAAUCGGAUUUGGAUCCUCCGUGGUGCAAUUGAGCAUCUAGUACGCAUCUACAUGCCAGCGUUUCUGAUCGCUGAAUGCACGCCAGCCGUCGUAUUGCACCAUAGAGAAAUUCAAUCUUAUCCUUCUUUUAGGCUUACUAAAGCUUUUUUUACUCUCAUCUCCUUUAGUAUAUAAUUCUACAAUUUCUCCUUCUUUACCAUCCCUACUACUACCACUACUUCUACCUUCUUUCUUUCUCACAAAAUCACACCUUCACUCACUCUGCUUGCUUUUGCUGCUGCUUCUCUACUUCAGUACUUCUCCAGUAGUUUUUUGUAUUUUUUUUCCCUAUUUUUUUCAUGGGUUGUGAUCUUUUACGACCUGUUGUUGUUCUAAGUGCUUUAUUUUCAGUAAUCACAUCUUUCCCAAGUUUGGUUUUGUCUUUGACCCCAUCAUCUCCAUGUGAGUUCCCAGCGAUCUUCAACUUUGGUGACUCUAAUUCCGACACCGGUGGCCUCUCUGCGGCAUUUGGACAAGCUCCUCCACCUAAUGGAGAGACCUAUUUCCAUUCUCCAGCCGGUAGAUACUCCGAUGGCCGUCUUAUAAUCGAUUUCAUAGCUAAGAGCUUUGGACUUCCUUAUCUCAAUGCCUACCUUGAUUCAGUGGGCUCCAACUUCACUCAUGGAGCCAAUUUUGCCACUGCUGGAUCAACAAUUAGGCCUCAAAAUACAACUCUCUCUCAAAGUGGGUUCAGUCCUAUCUCCUUAAAUGUUCAAUUCUAUCAGUUCAAUGAUUUUCAUCACAGAUCUCAAGUGGCUCGUACAAAAGGUGUUGUUUGGCAGGAAUUAAUGCCCAAGGAGGAGGAUUUCUCUAGUGCCCUGUACACAUUUGACAUCGGUCAGAACGAUCUAACAGCCGGGUACUUCCUUAACAUGUCGACUGAUCAAGUCAAGGCAUAUGUCCCUGAUUUACUGAAUCAGUUCACUACUAUUAUUAAGAAUAUAAAUGGGCAAGGAGGGAGAUCAUUCUGGAUACACAACACAGGCCCUGUUGGCUGCCUUGCUUAUGUUCUGGAUAGGCUGCUAAUCACAGCAGGACAAGUGGACAAAGCUGGGUGUGCCAGUCCCUUCAAUGAGGUGGCUCAAUACUUCAACCAGAGAUUAAAAGAGGCCAUAGCUCAACUCAGGAAAGAUCUUCCAUUGGCUGCCAUCACCUAUGUUGAUGUUUAUUCUCUUAAGUACUCCCUCUUCAGCCAGGCCUCCAAGCAUGGAUUUGAACAACCACUUGUAGCUUGCUGUGGGCAUGGAGGGAAGUACAACUACAACAGACACAUGGGGUGUGGAUCAAAGGUCACCAAGGAUGGAAAACAGAUUCUAGUGGGGAAAUCCUGCAAGGAUCCAUCGGUUCGGAUUAUCUGGGAUGGAGUACACUUCACCGAGGCUGCUAACAAAUGGAUCUUCGAUAGGAUUGUUGAUGGAUCAUAUUCUGACCCACCCAUCCCAUUGAAAAUGGCUUGUCAUCGACCUUCUACCAACUGAUCUUAUUCCUCUUCUUUCCGGCAAAUAAUGUUUCAUCAAUGUACAACUUUUGGAUCAAAAGGAAGGAAAUAUUUCAGACUUUUAUUCCAAGGGAUUAAAAUGUUGGUAAAUAAAAUUGCAUUUUGCUGUGACUA